AUGUCCCGUUUCUCCGGAAAAGUCGCCCUUGUCACUGGUAACCCUGGAACCCCUUGGAACCCUGUGAUCAUUCCCCGAUUUCUUAAAGGUUCCUCCAGAAGACGGCUCUUCUUUUGGCUCAAGAAGGCGCAAAAGUGACGGUAACCGGAAGAAACGCCCGGAAGCUAGAAGCCACGCGGCUGGAGAUUCGGAAUGCCAGAGUUUCGAAAGAGAACAUUCUCGUGGUGGCCGUUGACUUGAAUUCGGAAGCCGGCCAGGAUGAGCUGAUCGCCUCGACCGUCGCAAAGUUCGGACAAUUGAAUGUUCUCGUGAACUGGAGCCGGCGCCAUAUUCAAUGAUUCGCAGGGAAGGGCGGGAAUCGCUCAAGGACGUCGAAGUUUAUGAUAAGAAUAUGGAGAUUCAUGUGAAGAGCAUUAUCACUCUCACUCAGAAAGCGAUCCGUCACUUGGCAAAGGUACUCAUGCUGUAACGAGCUUCCCCUUCAUUAUUUCACAUAUAGAAAAGAGUUUCAGAAUCCAAUGUUAAUUUACUUGAUCAAUUCACAAAGAGCGCCGCGGUUUACCUUAUAA